AUGUUUACUUCUACAACCGUAGUCAUCCACUUAUUAUGGCAUCGUAUUUGUAUUCAUCUACAUUCUAUUGUCAGCUGCGCAAUUUCAUACAUCAAGUUUGCCAGUGAUUUUCCUUACAGACUUCUGCAACGGCAUGUGACACUCAGCAUCCAAGCGGAGCGGCAGUUCAUUGUUGGAGUAGCUCGUCAUCUCCUGAAACUACGCUACUUCAUUGCUACAGGUGUUAUUGGAGGCAGCGUUGCUGCGAGAAAUUGGUAUGAUGAAUGGAAAGCAGGCUUGCCUGAUUUCUCUUUACCAGAAUGGGCCAACGUUGAUGCCAAAGGGCUAUGGCGAGACUUCUCAGAACAGCUUUCCCAUAUGAAGAAGGGCUUCGGGGGAGAAGGUUCCGAUUCAAAGCUUGCAGAAUGGGUAGCUCGUUUUGAAAGCUUUCGGAAAGCAAGAGAUGCUACACUGCUAUCGUUUAUGGCUGCAUUCGGAGCAAAGAAGGACGAUGAGAAGAAGGAGAAUGAGGAAAGUUCUGAUGAGCGAAUACAACGUCUGCAAGAAGAAAUGUUAAAAACACAGAGUCAGUAUCAGCGAGAGUUAGAACGACUAGAGAAGGAGAACAAAGUUUUGAAACAACGACUUCUACUGGCUGAUCAAGGAGCUGUCAAGCGCAUGAAAAGACUAAAGCGUUCCCUAAUUGACAUGUAUUCUGAAGUAUUGGAUCUUCUCAGUGAAUACGACUCAUCUUAUGACACUGCAGACAAUUUGCCAAGAGUCGUGGUUGUUGGAGAUCAAAGUGCAGGCAAAACCUCUGUUCUUGAGAUGGUCGCCCAAGCUCGCAUUUUCCCACGUGGGUCAGGUGAAAUGAUGACUCGAGCGCCAGUUAAGGUGACUUUAUCAGAAGGUCCUUAUCACGUUGCGCAGUUCAAAGACUCUACACGUGAAUUCGAUUUAACCAGAGAAGAAGACUUAAGACAGCUGAGGUCGGAAAUUGAGGUCCGAAUGAGAAAUUCUGUCAAGGAUGGACAUACCGUAUCUCAAGACGUCAUAUCUCUCACUGUUAAAGGGCCAAAUCUUGCACGAAUGGUUUUGGUUGACCUUCCCGGCGUGAUUUCCACAGUAACCGCAGACAUGGCUAGGGAAACAAAAGACGACAUAAUCAAAAUGAGCCGUGCUCAUAUGGAAAACCCGAAUGCGAUUAUUUUAUGCAUUCAAGAUGGCUCCGUAGAUGCGGAACGUAGCAAUGUAACUGAUUUGGUAAGUAGUAUCGAUCCCACUGGGAAAAGAACAAUUCUUGUUUUAACAAAGGUACGCUACCAGUGUCUUCGAGCGCUCGAACAUCUUUCAUCGCUUUCUUCACAGGUUGAUAUGGCAGAAAAGAAUCUAACUAACCCUGACAGAAUCAAAAAGAUUUUGGAAGGAAAAUUGUUCCCUAUGAAAGCGCUGGGUUAUUUUGGAGUGGUAACGGGUCGCGGCAACAGCGCCGAUUCUAUUGAAGAGAUACACAAGUAUGAGGAGGAAUUCUUCGCAAACAGUCAAUUGUUGAAAGAUGGUGUCUUGAAGCCGUCGCAGAUGACAACAAAGAAUAUGUCGUUUGCGGUAUCAGAUUGCUUCUGGAGGAUGGUUCGCGACUCAAUAGAGAGUCAGGCUGACGCUUUCCGCGCAACGAGGUUCAAUCUCGAGACAGAAUGGAGGAACACAUUCCCACGUAUUCGACAACUCGAUAGAGACGAACUGUUUGACAAGGCCCGAGGCGAAAUUCUCGAUGAAAUUGUGAACCUAUCUCUUGUCAGUGCCGAAGAGUGGGAAAAGGCUCUGGAGAAAAAGCUGUGGGAUUGCGUUUCUGGUCAUGUUUUCGAUCAAAUCCUCAUGCCUGCAUGGGUUGUAAAUAACGCAGGAACCUUUAAUACAAUGGUCGACAUUCGUCUUAAACACUGGGCAGACAAAGAACUUCCAGUUAAAAGUGUAAAUUGUGGAUGGGAUACGUUGCGGGAGGUUUUCUGUAAACAAGUAAAGCAUGACGGCUCUAGUCGGAGUGACCAGGAUCCGAUAUUUGACCCUCUGAAGGAUGCUGUCAUAGAAGAGGCCAUGUCAUCACACCAGUGGGAUAACAAAGCACUAGAUUACUUGCGUGUCAUACAAUUGAAUGCCAUGGAGGAUCGCGCAGUGCCGGACCGAAGAGCAUGGGACUCCGCUUGUCAAUUCAUGAGCAAGGCCGCAUCGAGUCGAUUGGCUGUGGUUAAUCAACAGUUGAAAGAUGCUCGUGGGCCAGGUUUCGUCAAUCGUUGGGUGUUUUGGCACACUCCAUCAGCUGAGAACCACUUUGCAAGCGCAGUCCAAGACGAGCUCGUACCCAUGCUUAACAGUGAUGUUGAACCUAAACAAUCCUUGACCGAUGAGGACAUCCUAGUGAUCAAACGUAAUCUUGAAACAAAAGGGGUCAUAGAAGUUCCGACAGAGGCAAUUCGCCGACAGUGGAACCUUUUGUACAAAAAGUAUUUCCUAGAAAAAAUAAUUCAGAACGGUCGUGAUUGUCUUUCGUUGUAUCAACAUUAUCGUCAAGGAUUCAACGAGGGUGACAUAGAUUGUCAAGCAGUUGUGUUGUUCCACAGAAUUCAACGGAUGGUUAAAUUGACGUGUAAUGCUCUUCGCCAACAGAUAACAAAUGCUGAACAACGUAUGCUCGAAAAGGAAGUCAAGGAGGUUUUGGACGAAUGGUCUCAGGAUGCGGAAAUAAAGCGAAAAUUCCUUACAGGACGAAGAGUAGAUCUCGCCGAAGAACUCAAGCAAGUUCGUCGAAUACAAGAGAAACUGGAAGAGUUCAUGGUGCAGCUUCAGCGAGAAAAGUAG